AUAAAUCGUUAUGAUGGGACACAGGAUAAAAAUAUCAUGGUUUAGGUUAAAAUAAUCACUUCUUUUAAAGUUAUGGAAAUGUGAUGAUUUGAGUUUAAAUGUGCGGCCUACUCAUCUAAACCUGGGGGGCUUCGUCGUCAUGGUUACAGUAGUGAAGAUGCGGUUAUGGUUACGGAACGAUCUUUGUGAUUCUUUAAAAAAAAAACUAAACAACGUUUACGGUCACAACAGCAGUAUCCCGAGGUGAAGUCUGAUAUUUGGUUGGCCUAACUGUCCAACACCAGCAUCUACCCUGGCGGACUUUGAGGAUACAAUGUUUAAGAUGAUGGAGUGCCGCGGAGACAGUAAGACAAGUGCGACUCGGAGCACCAACACCGACUCGGUGCAUUCAGCAAGACCCUGCAAUGAGGGCCGGGCAGCGGCUCUGCGAUAUGUGGCAAAGACCGUCCUGAGCGAGAGCGAGAGGGAGAGGGAGGGGGAGGAAGAGGAAGAUCUCUGCUCCGACAUCCUCUCCUCCUUCAUCAACACCCUGGAGGACCGGCAGUGGGAGAGCAUACGGGAGAGGAUGAGACAACCCCUGACACAGACUCACCUGGCCCGGGUGUCCACGAGGAUCAUCAGGGUGGUGUCUGAGCUCGUUUUCCAACUGCUGGUCCCGGCUCUGAUGGACCGCCUCCAGGCCGAAGACGACUUUUCUGUGGCUUCCAGAGGCUCCAGCAAAUCCUGCAAGUUGCGUGGCAGUCAUAGCGAGGAGGAGACUCAGAGCACAGACAGCAGGCCCACCUCUCACUCAGAUGCACCUCUUAACAGAUCCUCCCCUGUGAUGGUGAAACCCUUCAUUGAAGAUCCUCUCCAGAAGUCUUCUGGAGUCAAUGAGGAAAGUCUGGCCAAGUCGUUGGGCAGAUCUAUCUCCCAGUCCUCUGCCAGGAGCAUGCCGGGAGAAGUAGUACAGCAAGUGAACCAGAGCCCAACUGGGCUCGGUGCCUGCACCCCUCCUCUUGAGAACCAUGCUGAGGUCUGUGCAGAUCAGGCCCAGGAACAGGUGGCAGAGGUCACGUCUGUCACCGGGAAGGCCUUGAGCUCUGUGGAUGGAGGCCUCGCAGAGGUAGAAUCAUGGCAGCACGUCGAACAGUUUUUGGAACCGGCAACAGAGGAGGUGAUCUCAGCUAUCAUUAAAAGCAUGGACGUCUGUCAAGAGAAGACAGAAGCAGGCGCAGAGACAGAAAACACUGCAACGAAAAUCCUGAAACACCUGGCCAUCAAAAUGAGAUCUUCAGAAUUUACAGAGGAAGACACAGAAAACAGAUCUCUGGACCAGUUUGAUAUGGAAAGUUUGGAAGACUUUGAAAAGGACUUCUUUUGCAACUUCACACACCUUCACGAGAAACUUCAGUGCUCCAUCAGCAAAGUGAGAGCAGCCUUUAAAAAUAGAGAAAGAUUUGAAAAAACACUGAAGACAAACCUUGAAGUCAGAGAGGGAUCACCUCUUCAGGGCGUGACGAUAACUUAUCCAAUGACCGUGUGCACUCAGGAUGUUGUGAAAGACCUAUCAUGCAGGAGGUUUCGUCAUACCAGCCUGAAGGAACUGAAGGAAUUCCUUAUGAGGUCAAUGCACACGUUUUUCUCACAGAACUUCGGGGCAAUGGCCCCUUCGCUUGAAGUCUGCAUGGCUUCUGUGGACUCUGUGGCCUCAGAGAUGCUAGACGUUGUGGUGAACAGUGUAAAUCAACUGUGCCACCCGCAGACAAUGGACUCUACCCUUCCAUGGCAACAGUCUGAAAACACCACAGUGUCUGAGGAGCAAGUAGCCUCUACAGCAACAGUGCUAAAACUCCAUUUGCAGGAGAAACUGCAGAAUUUUUUCAACUUCCAAAAAGAGGCUUCAGAAAAACUGAAAGAGGGCGAAAUAGAAAAAGAAAUGACUGUGCUGUCCAACAAGAGUGACAUAGAAGAUGAGGACACCCAGAGGGGCGGUGUUAUGCACAGUACCCACAAUGCAGCGACUGGUUCACGUGAAUCCGUGGUCAAGAGCAUGACGAAUGUGGUGAGGUCUUUCCUGGAUGAAACUGAGCAGUCGUUGAAACAACAGGGCAGCGUGCAGGGCGGUGAUGGGUCGCUGUCCGGGCUAGAAGAGCUGAUCAGGCAGGACCAGCUGCUCAGCUUCUCUAAGUUGCUGACUGACAAGAUCACUACCUUGUUUUACGAAAAGGAACAGAGUCUUAGGGAGUCGCUGGAACCCAGCAGAAGGACUUCCUCCGAUUCCGAACUCGGCAAGGAGACAAGAUGUCCUAGUGGUUUGAUCCAGCCCUGUGAGGAGGUGUAUGUAUUUGUUGAGGAAACUGUCAAACGCCUGCUGGCAUCAGUCGUCUUCCCUCCUCCAUCCUGGGGAAUGGGUCACAUGAUCCAAGUCCAAAGCGACCCUUCAUCUGCUGCUAACUGGGAAAAGUCGGUCGAGGAGUAUGAGGGCGCCAUUGGUGUCUACAGUCAGCUGAUUUCAGACAAGGUGAAGGGAAGGGUCAGCAGGAUGUCUGCCUCCUCCAGGCUCCAGCAGGAAGCUGGAGGGCGAUUGUCUGUGGACGCCCAGGGAAAGGACACCCAGGACGACGAAGAUGAAGUGCUUGAUGGAGUCACCAAGCCAAAAGAAAACAACAUCAGUGGUUUCUUCCAGAACAUCAGGAAGAAAUGGAGGUCACUGACAGGGAGUCCAGCUGUCAACUGAGGACAACAGACGAGUCAGAUUUCACUCAUGGCCAUAACCCUAACCUCCCUCCACACUCAUCUAACAACCAUUCCACUCUAACCCUUACCCAAAACCUUACCCUACCUGACCUUGACCACUACACCCGAUUUACUUCCAUCUGACCCUGUGAAAUUGCACCUUCUGUCAUAAAUAAAAAUACAUUAUUCAGUGGCA